AGAAUUUGUUGAAAAUCAUUCAAAAUUAUAGUAAACAUACUCAAAGCAUUAUUUAAUUGCUCAACUAGCGUGUGUAGCACUUCAAACUGGAAAAAACUUAAACGUGCCCCUUGUUUCAAUAGCUCGCAGUGACAAUUGGAAAUUCGAGCUAAUAACAAAGCGAGCGUCGCAGUCGCUGCGCAUUUUUUUUGUUGCUGAAUGCGGCUGCAGUCUGCUUGGUGCUGCUGGUGCUAGUUUGUAUUAUUAGUAAAUAGAUGCGGAAUUACCGCUAGCUAAGAAUCAAACAGCAACAACGACACGCAACGGCAGCCGGUUCAAAGACAGGCGGCGACUUCUUCACUCCAAGUGUCGCAGGCCUCGCAGCAGCCGUGCCCGUGCCAAUCAUAGACUCAAAUUUAAUUCGCUUAGGCGUCGACGGCUAUAUCAGCAACAUAUUGCCAAGUCAACCCAGCUCGAUAUGGCUGUAAAACAAAACAACAAUGAUGCCAAUGAACCAGCCAAGGCCAAUGCCGCUGGUAAUACGGGAAGUACUGGCAGUGGCAGUGGAGCGGAUGCAAAACCGAAAACCAAAACUGCUAGUACUAUGUGUAGCGAUGACAGUAGUGUAGGCGGUGUAGGCGUGGCAACCGGCAACAUGGAUGACAAUGCGACCAAUGCGUCUGCAAGUCGAGGCGGUGACUUGGAAGGAGCCAGCAAAUUACCCGAAAUGCAGCAGUUCUACACUGUGGUACAGAACUUAAAGCCAGAGGAUCAACGGAAUCCUGAAAUUAUCAGCAAGGCUUUGAUCCACAUUUUGGCACGCAAGCAAAUGCCAGAAACCGAAGCAGCGAUUAAGCGAUUCAGAGAUGAAACACUCCAAAUGGGCAAAAUUCUAGCGUUACCUCAUAUGCAACAAUUACUGCCGUUUUACAUGAAUGCGGUUUACGAUAUAAUGACAGAAUCUGAAGGCACACCAUGCUGUGCGGUGUCAAUUGUAUUCGACUUAUUUAGUCCAGAGUUGAUAAUUGAAUGUGUGCGAUCGCUGCUGGACUCAAAUGCGCCGGAUGCUAGCCUACGCAAAACGGUGGGCUUGCUCUGCCAAUGGAUAAUCUGGCCGUUCUGUCAGAAUCUCUAUUUAUGGGUAAUGGAGCUGCUGAAGGGACUGCGCGAUCGAGAAAAGAAUAAGCUGCUGGAUCAAAUAGCCUUGGAUAAUAUAGAGCAUCUAAGCCGCACGCUAAGGCUUCCAGCGAUGCGUCCAAGGGCGGCACCCAUUGUCGUAUACAUGCUCAGAAAUAUCUAUCAGACACCAGAAAUAUUCCACAAGGUAAUGGGUUUCAUACCCAAGCUUAUAAAAUCGAUGCAUAAUCAAGCCCACGUGGAUGAGCCAAUACGCACGCUAUUACAACAAUUGGUGGAUUUGGCAAAUGCGUUAAUGAUACGCUUUCACGAAUAUGAUGACCUCUAUGCGCCCAUUAAGCAUGAACUGCAAAUGUUUGAGCCAUCUCCGAAUAGUUUGGCGAUUGCACGCGAGAUGACUGAGUAUGGCGGGCCAAUAGAUCGACGCAAUGCGCGUGUCGGUUUGGUUAAUCUGGGCAACACCUGCUACAUGAACAGCGUGCUGCAAGCGCUAGCCAUGACCAGCGAUUUCAGUCGUCAGAUUUUGCUGAUUGAGAGUGGUUCGCAGCUGUUGCACAAGGUGCAGCAACAAAUUGCGUUGAUGCAUCAUUCAAUGCGCUAUGAGUUGACGCCAUCGCUGGUGUUGAAUGCCACACGUCCACCGGGUUUUACGCCCGGCCUGCAGCAGGACAGCUCCGAGUUCCUAGGCUAUUUGCUGGAUCUGCUGCACGAACACGAAAUCAACAGCGGUGCUGUGGAGAACGCUACGGGCAAAGCUAAAAACGAGGCUAAUGAGCAGCAGCUAGUGGCCGCUGGUGUUAUACCCUACAACAGCAAGGAUCAGCAGCUGGCCAACUAUAUGCCGCGCUCAAAUGUAACAGCUAAUGGCCCCACCACCCCCACCAAUGCACAGGCCAAGCAGCUGCCGUCAACCAUUGACAAAACAUUUGCUGGUAAAUUGUCGACCACAUAUAAAUGUUUGAGCUGCACCUGGCAGAGUCGCAAUGAGGAUAGUUUCCGUGAACUGCAGCUGUCCUUUCCCGACGACAAGGAAGAGUGCGGCGCCAACAAUUAUUCGGUGCAGGACCUCAUCGACUACUACUGCUCGCCGGAGCAAUUGAUUGGCGAGAAUCAAUACUUUUGCCCCAACUGCAAGAAACUCUGCGAUGCCGAGCGUCGCAUUGGGAUCACUCAGCCGCCGCGCAAUCUUAUUCUAACGCUCAAGCAGUUUAAGUACGAUCAAAAGUAUCAUUUCCGCACCAAGCUGAUGCACAAGGUGUUCCAUGACGAAAGCGUUAUUGUUAAGGUCUGUGCCAACGAUUCGCUGCAGGAGAACUGCAUGGUGCAGUACGAUCUGUAUGCAGGUGUGGUGCAUGCUGGUUACAGCAUGGACUCGGGUCAUUAUUUCACUUUCGCUGCGGAUCAGUCGAAGAACUGGUUCAAGUUCAACGAUAGUCUGGUGACCAGCUCUGAGCCACAGGAGAUGCACAGUCUGACCUCGCCCAACACGCCUUAUAUACUCUUCUAUCAGAUGUGUGGUCGUUCCAGCGAUCAUGCACCCAAUGCCACCAUGCAUCCAAUGGUGCCAGUGCCGGUGGUGGUGCCGCUAGCGUUGGAGGAACUGCCGCGCACGCUGCGUGAUUAUGUCAAACAGGAUAAUCGUGAUUAUCACGAUGAGUUGCGCCUGCAGCGCUUUAAGCGCAAUGCCAAGCGCAACAAUGCGAACAGCUUUAGCAGCAUUAGUCGAAAUGGUUACGAUGGCGAUGAUGAUGAUGAACAGUCGCCGCCGCCAAGCGGUUGUGGAGGCAAUGAUCUGGGCUUGAACUGCAAUCGCUUUGUCUACUGAUCGAGUCGGCAGUCGUCGUGGUGGGUUAGUAGUGUUGUCAGGCUAGCAUAUAUAUGUCUAUAUAUAUAUCUAUAUAUAUAUAAGGCGCACGCAAUGCGAUUGUCAUUUGUUUACAUUUGUAUGCGUUAUAUACAUAUGUGUAUAUGUAUUAUAGUUCUGUAUUUAUUUUAUAUACUACAUUGCGAAUGAUAUAACUUUAAUGUUAUCUAAGUGACAUAGAAAAUAUAUAUGCAUCAUAUUUAAAUUGCCCAAUUCCUUAGCUAGCUUCACACAAACACACACACACAC